AUGGGGCAGCUGGAAGGGCAUGCUAGGCUGGUGGAGCCCCUGGGAGUGCGGGGACUGCACUUCUCACUCUCCCCACACAUGGCCCCGUCACUGUCUCCAUCCAUGGCUUUUCUCUCCACUGAGCCUCCCUCCCACCUCAACACCCAUACAGGUGAGGGUGACGCGCCCCCAUCCACCAGGAUACAGAGGGGAGAGACCUGUGUCCGCAUCACCUUCUCCCCAACACUGCACGACCAGUCUGCCUUCUCCAGAUCAGGCAUCAUGGCCGACUUCACGGUCCACUAUGACGUGGCCAUGGAGGACAUCAUUGGAGACGUGCAGAUCUAUGGUGGCUAUUUUAUUCACUACUUUGCCCCCAGAGGCCUCCCGCCAGUGGAGAAGAAUGUGGUAUUUGUUAUAGAUGUGAGCGGCUCCAUGUUUGGAACGAAGUUGCAGCAGGUAACAAGGCCUUUUCCUGGGGCCUCUGAAAUCCAUAACUGUCUCCCCUUUUGA